CCGCUCGUGCUAAUAUUGAUACCCGAGUAAGGGGAACAUUUCAAAAUCGAAUCUAGAGCGUUGUGAGGGUUUCAAGGCACGUGUGUUAAACAAACUGCUUUACCACCACACCAACGCAAGGAAAAUACUACUCGUAACUGUAAACCAUCAUACGAAAUCAAUCCAAAGUGAACGUCAUUAAAUAUUUAUCAUUUAAAUUUAUCAUUUAAAAGUCAAUUCUACCAGCCAACAUAAGAAAACAACCGCAAAAUUUAAAUUAAAUUACUUUGCAACACAUGUGGAUAGAAUCCAACUUUCUUAUCCGUUUUUGAAUAAUUAAGAGAGCUUUUACGACCUAUUGUGGUGAAAAUAAUCUUUAAACCGAGCCCAAACUACUGUUUCAUUAGCAAGUAGCAAUUUUUAAGCUCUUUUUCCAUUGAGGAACGCCAAAGUAUAAUGGCGGAAGUGGAAAAAUGCUGGACCACCAAGUACCAGAAGAUGCUAGAACGGGCCCGCAAUCCCUUCCAGCGUCAGAACCGGAUGCUGGGCACCGAGUGCGAGUCGGAAUCUGACGACGAAGGAGAGGAUGGAAACACAGCUGGUGCGCUCCAAGAGGCAGAGGACUGCAUAGUGCAGGGGCGCACAAUGAACCUCGUCACAUUCAAAAAAAUCGCGACGUCGCUCAUGGACGCGCACUUCGACCCGUCCAAGCAGCCGCCGGGCGCCGUCGACGUCGAGAAGGCGUACUGGCGCGCCGUGCUGCUUGGCACCGAGCACAUCGUAAACGAUGUGCCCGUAAAAGAUGGAGAGAAAGGAUGCGAAAGAGCAGCUUUAUUGUUCAAUUGCCUAACUGAAAAUGCUUCUAAGAUGGGAUUCAAUAUAUAAAUGUUUAAGUUUCGAAAGCUCCACAUUGUUAAUGCGUCGAGCUUGUGUUCCUGCCAUCGCGACUAGGCUCCCUAGUCCUAUAUCACUCGGGUUUCAAGUACCACCGCCAAUACAUCAGGGCCGGCAAGACCCGCUGGCAUUGCGUCCGACGCAAGAAAGCCUGCCUUGGGUCCGUGACCACCAUCGAGAAUAGGGUGUGGAGUAGGCAGAUCUAUCAUAACCAUCCGCCAGAAGCAUUUCAUGAACUUAUGACGUAUUUUAAGGAAAGAAUUAAGAAAGAAAAUAAUCAAAUUUAAACUACACAAGACGUAACCACGACUACAGUGUUUUUGAUUGUAUAAAGUAUUACGUUAAAUAAAAAUAUAAUAUGACAAAAGCCAUUAUACAUUUGUGGAGAUCUUUGGCGUUUAGGAAGCCUCGACCUCCACACUUCCGUGGGAUGUACAAUCUCAUAACAGAUGAGCGUGGGUGUAGCAUACGGUAUGUGGUGAGCUGUAGUCGGACCCUCCGAUCCAGGGCGUCCAGCUCGGUCUGAGUCCACCUUAGUAUGCCAAAGGAGUAUGUGAGUAGGGGCAUUACCCAGGCGUUGAAGGCGCGCACUUUGUUGCCUCCUGACAAAAGACUUUUAAGGACUUUUGUGAGUCGACUGAAAAAGCGCUCCUUCACCGACUGUCUAAUACCCUCGUCCUCAAUACCCAAAGUCAGUCAUGGCAGUAGCAUCCUAUAAUUAAUAAAUUAAAAAUAGCAGGAAUUUAUAGUAUUCCAUGUUAUAUGUAUACCGUAUAUUUUAUUGUAAUAUACAUAUUAUGAUAUUUCUAUAAAAGCAUAGUACCUGUUAAGAGGAAAGAAUAUAACUAUGCUAAAUUAAAUUAUUCAAAUAUUCCUAUACAUUUUAAUUUCGGUUUGGCUCCAAAAACCGUUAUUUUUAAACCGGUUUUUAUGAGACCAGUUCUUGUCAUAUUAACCGGUUUAUAUCAAUAUGUCGGUGGAUAUUUACGUUGCAUACCACCAGGCCAACCGGCCGUUGCGUCAGUCCUCGAAUAAACCGGUUUUUUAGGUUAAAAUAAAGUUCUUAAAACGUUCUCGUUCUUAUGAAAGUUCUGAGGAAAACCGAAAUAAACUGGUAAAGACGUGUUCAGAUAUUUUAGAGUACCCGGCUGCUCCGAUAUAUCUGAUAGCGACUGUACUUACAACUAUCUACAUAAAACAAUCAGCACUAUUUUAAAUUCAGUACCCCUAGUGUAACUUUGAUCGACAUCAUAACGUGACGAACGCGUUUGCGUUAAGUCUCAUUUUGUAUAGGAUUUUGAGUUUCCAAAACGUCCCGCUUGGCGCGCUCUUUCGAAAUCCAAUACAAAAUGAGACUAAACGCAAACGCGUACGUCACGUUUGGAAAUCGAAUUUAUUUACACUAGGGGUACAGAAUUCUUACCUCCAUACUUUUUCGAAUGAGUAAUUGUGUGUAACUGUGUAACAGCAAUUAGCUAUUCUCUUUUCAAAUUGCGAAUCCCGUGUGCAUCUGCGUAACCAAUCGGUCACAGUCUAGCAGCGCCAUUAUCUGCGGUCAUGUUGCGUGAAGCCGAAAUUUCGUUACUACGUCUCUUUCGC